AAAAACCAUGAAGCCAAGACAGAUGUCUGCACUUACUACAGUCGCUGCCAUUCUCUGCGCGCUCUCUCCUGUAUAUGGGGAUUCCAUCACGGUAAAAAGUGAGAAGAACCUAUCGGCAGCAGUAGGGAGGAAUGUGACUCUCCUGUGUCAGCUGAUGUCCGCCAAAGCAAAUGUCAUCCAAAUCACAUGGCAGAAAGAGUCGGGCAAUUUUUCUGGCCCAGUGGCUUCCACCAGUAGGGUUUAUGGGCCGAAAAUUCUAGGUUACUACUCAAAUCGGGCGAAACACUCUUCUGUAGAUACCCUCAAUAUGUCAGCAAUUAUCAUCAGCCCCGUGACUUUGGAGGAUGAGGGGUGUUUUAAAUGUAUCUUCAAUCUGUUUCCAGUUGGAGCUUCAUCUGGAACAAUUUGCCUCGAUGUGUACGAAGAAAAAAUAUCCGAGCCAACGUUGGAUGUUAAGAUAAUUGACCGCCCGGAGAUGUUGGAAAAACUUCUGGUUAUCACCUGCAGUGGAUCAGGACUUCCAGCUCCCAACAUCUCAUGGAACCAUUCACUGGACCUACAAUAUGAACCUCAAACAUUAAGUAUUGUGAAUUCUGAUGGGACCAUGACCGUCAUCAGUAAUCUGACCCAAACAAUGAAUGAGACCUUAGAAGGGACAAACGUGACCUGUAUUGUAAAUCACCCGACACUUGGAGCUGAGAAACGUCUUUCUAAACUGGUGCCUUACACAGGAAUCAAGCCCCAGGUAAACUGCACAGCAAAAAGCGAGGGAGGUGAGGCUCAGCUGACAUGUAAGAUCUCAUCUCCUAUGGAUGUUGUACAAGUCACCUGGCAAAAGAGAAGAGGAAGUUUUUUUGAGACUUUGGUAACGCACAGUAAAAGGUUUGGGGUUAAAAUUUCCAAACCAUAUGAAAACCGCCUCUCAGUUCUACAAACCGAAGACCCAGAGACGUCGUCCAUCACUUUGUCACAACUAGAAAAAGAGGAUGACUCCUGUUAUACUGCCAUAUUCAACAUAUAUCCAGAUGGAUCUCUGAAGGGAGAGGCUUGUCCACCAAAGCUUCAUGGAAUCAAAGAAGUCAUCUGUAAGAGUCCAGUGGACUUCAGUGUCACUUUAGACCCUCCACAGAUAAAAAUACAGAACUCGGAACCAAAUGGGGCCACCAUUCAGAUAGGCAGAUGGAUUAAUGACGCCAUAUCUCCAGUGUGUAACUUCCAUCCACCAAGGAAAGAAAGCAUGUCAGGUGAAAAGACAGAGAAGAAAAAGAGAAGUGUUCCAGACCAGGAUGACCUAUUUACUAUAGAGUGUUAUGCAUCUGGAACACAGAAACCUACAAUAACCUGGAGCAAUGAAGGACGACCCAUCAGUAGAGAAGAGAAGGUCAACACAACCGGCGACUUCAUCAUAGUCACAAGCACGCUGCUCCAUUCAUGGUCAACUUUAUCCGAAGGCAAGAAUGUAAACUGUACUAUAACAUACCACAAAGAUGAUGACAAUGUACAAGGCGAUGGGAGUGCAAAGACAGAUAUGUGUCAAGAGAGAAAUCCAGAACUAUUCAUCGUCAGAGGCAUAGUUCCAUCCGUAAUAAUAGUUCUAGUCUUGGUGGUUAUCUAUGCUAUGUGCUACUUCUCAAAAAGGAAACAACCUUAUUCCCCAAAGAAAUAUGACAGAAUUGAAAAAGGUGAUUUAACCCCGGCCAAUGGCAGUAAACAUAAGGGCAGGAAAAAUGCAGGGAGCCAGGGAACUGAGCAGAAACACAGAAAAGGACCAACUGUGAAAAAGAGUGAAGAUAAUAGCGAGUGGAAUAGCCCGAAUCCCAGUUCUACUCUUAUUAACACUAAUGAGAUCAAUACAACACAGAAAUCCUACGAUAAUGUAAGAACUCCAGGAACUGAGAUAAAAGAAAGAAAAGGAUCGACUGUGAAAAAGAAUAAAGAAAUCAAACAGCGGAAUAUCGCGGAUGCCUGUAAUACCAAUGAGGUCACUAAUGAAACGCCCAGAUCUGAGACAAAACAACAAAACAGCCCGAGUGGGAACAAAAAAAGGAAGAGCGCGAAACGGCUAUUUAACUAACGAGAAAUCGCGGGAAUCCUACACAGAGCAUAGGAUGAGAAGCUGGGCAGGCUCAUGUACACAUUACCAUAUUU